UUUAUUCGGAAACUAUCUACUUGGAAACCUUUUUUUGGUUAAAUCGAUAGUUCUAACAGAAGACGAUUGUCAAAUUGACCUUCACAAAGUUUUACUAAAACCAAAGGCCAAAAAAGAACCGAAAAAGUGACGACUUAAACAACAGUAAGUAUUAUCUAUAAUUAAGCACAUAGAUUCCACAUUAUACCAUAGACAAGACAGUCUCUGUGGUAUGUUGACACUUAUUGUCAAGCGCGUUAACCUCAAACAAAUCAGUUUUGUUUUUUACUGUAAAUUUAUAAAUGAAUAGAUCUUAAUAAUCACGAACUAAAUCAUACCUUUGUAGUUAAAAGUCUAUUUUAUACAGUGAAUUCAGUAGCAGUACUGUGAAUUAGCUAUGGAUGGUCCACCAGGGACCGGAUCUACGAAUAACAAUGCUUCGGUGGGGCCUCCACCGGGGAUGCCAAACUUUCCUCCGAUGCCGCCACCACCGGGAUCUAUGGGACCGCCACCGGGGUCCAUUGGACCGCCACCAGGAACUAUGGGACCGCCACCAGGAACUAUGGGACCGCCACCAGGAACUAUGGGACCACCACCAGGAACUAUGGGACCGCCACCAGGAGCUAUGGGACCGCCACCGGGAUCCAUGGGGCCUCCACCAAUGGGUCCGCCUGGACCACCACCUGUUAGCUCGUCUGGUGGACCUCCAAACAUGCCGCCGGGAAUAGGUCCACCUCCACCAGGAAUGAUGCCUCCGGGAAUGGGACCACCGCCAAUGGGGCCGCCUGGAAUGGGUCCACCUCCAAUGGGCCCCCCGGGUAUGGGACCUCCUGGUAUGGGUCCACCCGGUAUGGGACCUCCCGGAAUGGGUCCUCCCGGAAUGGGACCUCCAGGAAUGGGUCCACCCCGAAUGCCACCAAAUAUGAUGCGUAAUAAGAAUAAUUAUAAUAAUCAAAAUAUGGACAUGGGACCACCUGGGAUGAGACCACCUAUGGGACCAUGGGAUGGACCACCAGGCCCACCUGGUCCACCUGGCCCCCCUGGGCCUGGGUGGGGAAUGCAAAGUGAUGGUCCGCCAGGAUGGAAUGAUCAAGAUGAUGAUGAUGAAGAAGAAGAAGAAGAAGAUGGGGAAGAAGAUUUAUCCUCUGACCAACAUUCUUCUCUGCCAUCACUCUUGACCAUGAAGAUUGAAACACCAGAAGAAUUUAAAAAUAAACAGGGAAAUGCUGGAGGUGUAGUACUCCCAAAGGCUCUGGAAGAAGCUCUUGCUUACAAAGACCAAAGACAAGCAGCUCUUGGUAGUGAAGAAGAUAAAGAAACAGAUGUGCAAAAAGACAUGGAAGCACCGCCAGCUCCAGUGAUCAGUACGGAGUAUGACGUGGAAGAGGAUGAACAGUCAGACGAUGAAAACAUUCCUGAUCCACCGAUGCCACCAGUAAUUUCCAAACAAGAGUCCCAAGCUAGCAAAUCCAAUAAAAACAAAAGAAAGAAAAAGAAAAAGAAGCUGGCUAAACAGAAACGCAAUGAAGAGUCUAAGACAAAGAACAACGCACAAGAAGAAAAGAGAUCCAGUGACAAAGAAAAUGAAAAAGAAGCAGAUAUUGAAUACGUGCAAGAAAACAUACAGUUUCAUGAAAUGGAACCAAUGUACCGUCAGUUCCAUCGGAUACUGGAAGCAUUUAAAAUUUCGGAGAAAAAGGAAGAGACGAUCAAAGAUGAGGGUAUGGAUGCUCCAAAACCAACAAAACAUCAGGAUAAAGUGCAAGACCAGUUCGCAGCGGAUGAUGAGGCAGCUGAGAAAAACGCAGCCGACGAAAAGGAGCGCCUAUCAAAACGCAAACUAAAAAAAUUGUCGCGUUUGUCAGUGGCCGAACUGAAGCAGCUAGUGGCUCGACCCGACGUCGUGGAAAUGUACGACGUGACCGCGCGGGAUCCCAAACUACUUGUCCAGCUAAAGGCACACAGGAACACUGUCCAAGUACCCAGACAUUGGUGUUACAAGAGGAAGUACUUGCAAGGAAAACGCGGUAUAGAAAAACCUCCCUUCGAUCUACCGGACUUUAUAAAGAAGACAGGAAUCAUGGAAAUGAGAGCAUCGCUGCAGGACAAAGAAGAGACUAAAACCCUUAAAGCGAAGAUGAGGGAACGUUCUAGACCGAAAUUGGGCAAGAUCGAUAUUGACUACCAGAAAUUGCAUGAUGCCUUUUUCAAAUGGCAAACAAAACCGCGUAUGACAAUCCACGGAGAUCUGUACUACGAAGGCAAAGAGUUCGAGACUCGUCUGCGCGAGAAGAAGCCCGGAGAUCUGUCCGAGGAACUGAGAACUGCUCUCGGUAUGCCCGUCGGGCCCGGCUCACAGAAGGUACCACCGCCGUGGUUGAUCGCGCAGCAGCGGUACGGGCCGCCGCCCUCGUACCCGAACCUCAAGAUCCCCGGCCUCAACGCGCCCAUACCCGAGGGGUGCGCCUUCGGCUACCACGCCGGGGGGUGGGGCAAACCGCCCGUCGACGAAAUGGGAAAACCGCUCUACGGAGAUGUCUUCGGACAUCAGACGAGUGGACAAGAUGACGGCGAAGACGUGGACAUCGACAGGACAAUGUGGGGCGAACUGGAGUCUGAAUCAGAAGAAGAGUCGGAGGAGGAGGAAUCGGGCGAGGAGGGCGAGGCAGAGAUGGGCGGGGUCGGCACUCCCGCGGAGGGACUCGCCACGCCGCUCGGACUCAGCUCCGUGCCGCCCGGACUCGAGACUCCCGACAGCAUUGAACUCAGGAAAAAGAAAUUGGACUCCGAUCUUGACGGAGGAGAGACUCCGGCUCUGUACCAAGUACUGCCGGAGCGCCGCGUGGGGGUGACGUCAGGGAUGAUGGCGUCCACGCACGUGUACGACAUUAACGCAACGAACCCCGUGAAGCGAGCGGGCGCGACCUCGACGGGUCACGGCCCGGCGGGCGGCGUGGAGGUCACGCUGGACCCCUCCGAGCUGGAGCUGGAGCCCGAGGCGGUGGCGGCGCGCUACGAGCGCCAUCUGCGCGACCAGCGACCCAACACCCACGAGGACCUCUCCGACAUGCUCGCGGACCACGUGGCCAGGCAGAAGAACAAAAGGAAACGUCAACAGAACACGGACUCAAAACAUGCGAAGAAAUACAAGGAGUUCAAGUUCUAGUGAUUGUAGACUUAUCAUUACAUUUAGUAUUAAGUAUUAUUGUGAAUAAAGGGAUGUGUACUAUGCGUUUCAAAUAAUAUUUCAAAGUGACAAACGAAAUUUGGGUUUUUCUCUCUCUUUUUAAAUACAGAUUUUGACAAAUCAACCGAAAAUAGAAAAAAAAUAUUUUUUUUUACAUUAAGUAUUUAAAUAUUUAAUUCAUUAUUUCUAAAUCGAUAAUGUCUGGUUUUAGAAAGGCUCUGAUCGUAAGUGAUGUGGUUUGUGAAUCUAAACUUGAAGACUAUCUUGAAGAGUAUUUAUUAUGAUUGACAUGAUCUCAGCGGAACACUAGUGGUCGUAAUGACGUGCCGCUUAAAUAUUCGAUUGUAUUUUAUAUGCGUCAAUUAGUGUACUGUUAGUCCAUUGAAAUGUUACAAUUUAAGGAACGAAUAUUGCAUUUUUUAGAGGACGUAAUUUUAUUUUUCGAGGAUGUGUUCUCACUUUUUUGCUUAUAACUUCUUUAAUUUUUAAUUUAGGGCAAAAAGUUAUAUAAACAUAUUUGUAGGCAAAACAAUUUGCUACAAAUAAUGACUACAAUUUUUUGUAAGACGCAUAGUUUCCGAGAUAUCGCGAAAAAAGUUUAUCACCCCUUUUCCCAAGAUGGCGGCUGGGGGACAAGGGUGGCGACCCCACAAACUUCUUAAGCUUCUAUUGACCCCCCACACAUGUCCCAAACAUAAAAUUGCGUCCUAUAAAAAAUGCAAAGCUCCUGUAACAUUUCAAUGGACUAUGUAUACGCUAUCGAUGUGCAGACAAUAGAAGCGAAAAGCGAUGCCUUAAAACCUGAAUUGGUCUUAAUUUUCAUAAGUUUUUUUUUUUACUUUUAAUUGCUUAGAUGGGUGGACGAGUUCGCGGCCCACCUGGUGUGAAGUGGGUUACCGGAGUUCAUAGACAUCUACAACGUAAAUGCCGCCAUCCACCUUGAUAUAUGAGUUCUAAGGUCUCAAUAUAGUUACAACAGCUGCCCCGCCCUUCAAACCGAAACGCAUUACUGCUUUACGGCAGAAAUAGGCGGGUUGGUGGUACCUACCUGUGCGGACUCGCAACAAGUCCUACCACUACGAAAAAUGUCCAUCUAAAAUGGAAUACAGCGACCUACAGAAACAUAGAUUUAUAUCACGAAUGGGUCACGAAAAAUGAUUGACUGACUGUGCUAAUACGAAGAACAGUGAAGUGUGCAAGGCACAGGUAACCAGCUAGUAGUCUAAUUUUAAAGAUAGCACCCAGAAUUCUUUAUUUUUUUUAUUUAUUUUUUAUUGCCCUUGUAGGCAGACGAGCAUACGGCCCACCUGAUGGUGAGUGGUUACCGUCGCCCAUGGACUUCAGCAAUGGCAAUUAUUUAAGGAAUUUCAACUCUGCACACACUUCACUCUGUUUAGAGCUGCUUUAGAUUAUUAUUUAUUAGCGGACCCGACAGACGUUGUUCUGCAAAAAAUCAUUCAAGUCGAUCCAGCCGUUUAGUUGUAGUACUUAUAGAUAAAUAACCUAGAUACCGACUGCAGCGCCAUCUGCCGGGCUGAGUUGUGAAUCUACAACAUCCAGGGUGCCACCCAAAAAAAUCAUUCAAAUCGGUCCAGCCGUUUAGUUGUAGUACUUAUAGAUAAAUAACCUAGAUACCGACUGCAGCGCCAUCUGCCGGGCUGAGUUGUGAAUCUACAACAUCCAGGGUGCCACCCAAAAAAAUCAUUCAAAUCGGUCCAGCCCUUUGGGAGGAUUUCAGUGAAUAACACGCCCAGAAGAAAUAUAUAUAUAUAAAGAUUAUACCACUUGCUACGCUAGCGCUACCGUGGUCGAUUGUUUAGUUAUAAUUUGUUGUUUAUAGCUGGACAAUGUUUUCUUUUAACUUGUGCCUCACGUAGAACACUACACAAUUAAGAUAACUAAAACAAUUAUUUUACUAUAGCUCAAUGACUUUUCCAUAUUAUCGCUUUUGAACCGAUAUAGACUGUCGAAUUUCUAUUGUUAAUAAGAUUAUGACAAACUAUAUUUACUUCAUAUUUAUAUCAUAAAUAUAUCUAUCUAUCUCUUAGGUUUAUGGCGUUUCCUUUUAGAUUUCGCCAAUGUCAAGUGUAUUUAAUACUCUGCUUUCUAUAGCGGGCUUCGUGAACGAGCAAGGUCACAGAUUGUAACUAAGAAUUAAGUGAGUAGCUAAGAAUGUAUGAUGACAGGAUCUCUGUUGAUUUACAAAUAAGACAACACACUUAUAUAAACACACAAAACUAAUAAUUAGCUAAUCAACAGGGAAUAGAACCCAAUAAAGCACCCGAAAAUUAUUAAACAACCAAAACACUUGCUACAAACACUCAACCACAAACCUCUCCCAGUAAUGAAUUCAUUUCAUAUUUAAAUGUUAUAUAAAAUUAUAAACCGCCAAACAUUUGAUUUUGUCAAGCAAAAAUAUUGUUUUUGUUACAACAUCUAGAUUGUAUUAUGCCUACGAAAUGUUGUUUAAAAUGACUGCUCAAAAUGACGGUCAUCUUAUUUGAAUCGCAUCGUACAUAAUUAAUAUUUUAUAUAUCGUUUGCAAGCAUUAGUUAAAUUGAUUUGUGACUUGAUUCCGUGUUGAAUUUCGGAUAAUAUAUGAUGAAAAUAUAUGAAAUAUAAAUAAUAA